AUGAGGCACAGUGGCUAUUAGAGCCCGACGUCACAGCUUCUUGCAUUUAACGCUGCUUCUGCAAAGCUGAGCCUUUCGACGAGGAACUUCAGUGAGACGCAUUCGCAGUUCUGCAAAGCGACCACUUUCUACGUGAUCUGGCCUCUAGCAGAACAAUAGGACAACAUGAAUGAUGAGUCGCUCAUCGAAGUCGACGGCCUACUGGUCAACGAUUUUCUUCGCGAGACGAACGUGCGGGCAGCGAUGCACUACCAACCACGAGACGAUGACGUGUUCAUUGCCAGCUAUCCAAAAUGCGGCACGACCUGGACCCAGUACAUCGUGUGCAACAUCUUCACCCGCGGGAACGCCCCGAACAACGUGACAGACUUCCUGCUCCAGGCGCCGUACUUGGACUUCAUGGGUGCGGACGCUCCGAGAAAGAUGCCCAGGCCCGGAGCCUUGAUGACGCACUUGCCAUUCAACAUGCAUUGCCACUCCGACAAGGCCAAGUACAUCUAUGUGGCCAGAAAUCCCUAUGACUGCGCAGUCUCGUACUACCAUUACCUGCUGGGACAUACGCCUAGGACCUGCACUGACGUUUCGUUCGAAACGUUCGUAAGGUCAUUCAUCGCUGGACGCGUACCCUACGGAGACUACUUUGACCACCUGCUCUCCUGGUACGAGCACCGACGCGAUGCCAACACCCUAUUUAUCACGUACGAAGACCUCAAGAAAGACACAGCGACGUGGGUCUUGAAGAUCGCCGACUUUCUCGGCAAGCAGGAGUACGGAGACGCGCUGCGCAGUGACCCCAAGCUCUUCCAGAGGAUUCUAGACUCUUGCAGUCUGGGAAACAUGCGAGAAGUGUUCGACUGUCGCUGCGACGGCUUUGUCAGCGCCUUGCUAGAGCUACCCGAGGGCAAGCGGUUAGAGUCCAUGGAGAUCUACAGGAAGAAAGGCGUAACCAAAAGAGAGUCGCAUGAGGGUUCUGGACGUGUCCGCAAAGGAAAUAUCGGCGACUGGAAAAACCACUUCACGACGCCGGAGCUCCUGGACAAUAUGAAGUGCUGGAUCGAGGCGAAGACCAAAGGCACGGACGUUAUGCGACUUUGGGAAGGCCUAAACCUACCUUGAACAGUGUUUCGUUUCUUCCAAAUCAUGCGGGGAAGAUCGGUGCCAACUCCGCGACAAGCCCAUGUAUCGGCAAUCAGCGUUCAGCAACAGAUGUGUAGAGAAUCACUAAGAGUUAACCGAAGCACUGUGCGUAUAUUUUGAUAACAUAUACACAUGUUAGCAACUUAAAAAUGCAUCUUCGCUGCGUUAUAACCUUCAUAAUUUACAAGAAUCUACAAGCUGUAUUUCGAUAUUUCGCGAACGUGAAUGAAACGCUGAUGUUUACAUUGAGCGAGGGAUUCCGACGUCGGUUAUUGGCGAACUUUCUGCUUUCUUCGCACGAAACACUGUCAGCACCAUGAAUUCAUCUCCCUGCAAUCUGUACUGUUCAAGAUAGGUCAGUUAUGAAUGUAUAGUUGAUUUUUUCGGACAAUAAAUACAUCUUCUGCUGCUUUA